AUGAGAUGUCUCCACGUGUCCAGUACACCUCAUGAAGAUUCUCUCGAUCGACCUCGUCAUCCCUCUUCCCCUUCCCCCCCGGUACUCUGCGUGCACACUGCCUUCCCUGCCCUCUUCCUCCCCUCGCUUGCCUGGCAGGUGUUGGCGCAGCACCGUCCCUCGCUGCACCGCCUGCUAGACCACAGCCACGAGCUCGCUGCUGCUGCUGCUGCUGCUGCUGCUGCUGCUGCUCAGGCAUUGGGUGCGGGGGAGUCGUCUCAAUGCCUACUGCCUCUCCCUUCCCCUCGUCCCUGCCCUCUUCCUCCCCUCCCUUGCCUGGCACUGGCAGGCGCCUCCUUUGGCGAGUCCAUGUACGGCCUUCGCCGCAUCUCCACCGUUCCCCACCGCCCUUCACCCAGCCAGGCAUCGCUAAGGGCAGGGGCAGCAGCAGGGGGGGCAGCAGGAGGGGCGGAAGGGGCAGGCAGAGGAGAGAGUGCGGCAGGGGGACAAGAGGGCGGGUCGGCAUCAUAUGGCAUGUCUCGCAAGCAGGGGGCGCUUUCUCUUCUCUUUCUGGUUCUCCUGCCCUACCUGCGCACCAAGCUCCAUGCCUCUAUAACCUGUUUUCAUGGCGGACCUGCGCGCCAAGCUGCACCCUGUACCCAUCCUUACCCAUUCGUCUCUCCACCACACCACCUGCCUUUUAUUGCACGACAGGUGCUGCUGCCCUACCUGCGCGCCAAUCUGCAUGCUCUGUUUGCCGCCCGCCAGAGGCAGAGGCAGGCACGGGCGCUGUGGGUGGGGGGGGAAGGGGGGGGGGACGAUGGGUGGGGGGGAACAGGGGAGGAGGAGUGGGGGGCGGGGAGGGAUGGGGGGAAUAAUGCUGGUAUCGGGCAAGGGGAUGGGGAUGGGUAUGGGGAUGGGUAUGGUGGGGCGAGUGGAGGUGAAGAGCGCAGUGAGAGUGGCAGCAGCCCUAGCAGCAGCAUGGGCUCUGUUGGUUCCCUGCAUGGGCGCGAAUUGUUGGAUGAUGGGGUGGGGGAAGAUGAAGGUGUGGCAGCAGGGCGUGAUACUGCAGGGCGUGGAGAACCGGGGGGAGGAGCAGAGGAGCAGGCAGGCGGACAGAGGGGGCAGGCGGUGACAUCAGGGGCUGCUGCUGCUGUCACUGCGGUUGGCACUGCUGCCAGAGGCAACGCUGCAAGGAGGAACGGUGCGAGAAGCAGCAGCAGCAGGAGGUGGCGGCAGGUGGUGCGAGUGCUGCGGUGGGUGCAGCGACGGGCUGUGAGAGGGGCUGCUGCAGUUUACCCCUGGUUGCAGGCGCCAUAUGAAGGUGAGGCGGUGUGGGGUGAGCUCGCUUGGGUGACGUGUGGGGUGGUGAGCAUGUGUGGGGUGGUGAGCAUGUGUGGGGUGGUGAGCAUGUGUGGGGUGGUGAGCAUGUGUGGGGUGGUGAGCAUGUGUGGGGUGGUGAGCAUGUGUGGGGUGGUGAGCAUGUGUGGGGUGGUGAGCAUGUGUGGGGUGGUGAGCAUGUGUGGGGUGGUGAGCAUGUGUGGGGUGGUGAGCAUGUGUGGGGUGGUGAGCAUGUGUGGGGUGGUGAGCAUGUGUGGGGUGGUGAGCAUGUGUGGGGUGGUGAGCAUGUCAGCUGCUGUUCGUCCCCUCGUCCCUCCAAGCAUGUGCCUGCUCUACCAGCUGCUGUAUGCCACCCAUCGCCACGCCACGCUUGCAACCUUCACGAGACCCAGCCUUUAUUCUUCCCCGGUUUCCAUCAUCUCUUCGCCCCCACCCAAGGCUGUGCGUGCUCUACCAGCUGGCGUGUGUCUGCUGUACCAGCUGCUCUACGUGAUGGACGCCACGCCGCACUACUCGCCCGUGCUGCACCUCCUCUCCCUCUCGCUGCGCCGAGCCACACCACAGGAGCUGGCAGAAGCCUCUUCCUCUAUCUCCACCCGCCGCCAGCGAGAGUUUGAGCGCCUCCCUGGCUCACCUGCGAUACGGGCCGUGCAAGCAGCGCUCCUGAAAGCCCUCUACUUCACAAUGGACUAUGCGCAGACGUCCGUCAUCGCUGCUGUCUUUGCCUUCAAGGUGGCCCCUGCAGGCAUCCCCGUGCCGGCUGACCACUCCCUGUGUCCGCUCGGCCUCUGCCUUUGUUGCCGCUCCCAUUUAAGCCAUUCUUGUCUGUACAACCCUUUCCCUUUUCUCUCCCUCCUGUCACCCCUCCAGGUAGCCCCUGCAGGCAUCCCCGUGCCUGCCGAUCGCUCUCUGUGUCCGCUCUGCCUCUGCCGUCGCACCAACCCCACCGCCCCUGCCACCUCCGGCUUUAUCUUCUGCUACCCCUGCAUCUUUGCCUACGUGGAUAAGUUCGGUCGCUGCCCCAUCACCCACCACCCCACCUCUGUGGACCAACUCAGGCGCCUCUUUCCCGAUGCAUAA